GGUCCAUCAGCAUUUCAUAGUCCGCCAACUCCUGGCUCACCGAUCUGCUGAAGAAGGAUCACUCACGGGAUAAUCCUAUCGUUCCAGUCGCGCUUGUACUUGGUUGCUUGGUCUGCAACUAGCGUUUUUCGCUUAAUUAUGGAUAUUAAGGAUGUUCUUUCAUUUGCUUCUCCUAGCCCUAAGGCUAUUCGUUCACUUAGACCUCCUCCUCCGCCAUCGUUGUCAGAGGUGACUAAUGACGAAGUGGAAUCCAAACGCCCGAGACAGUUAUCAUUGGAUACUCAUUCUGUGACAGAUAAAGAGGAGUUGCACGACACUAACCUCACCGGCUACGAUCUUGAUGACGAACUUGGUCUCCCGACAACCGUUGGGGCAAGUGAGGUGGAUGAUUCCACCAUUCGUCGUCUCACUUUGUUACUCGAGAAACGUGCAUUGGCCAACCAAGAAGCACGAACAAAGUUUCCAGACCAACCGAAGCGUUUCAUGCAGUCAGAAGUCGAUUUGCAGGAAACUUUGGAGGAAAUGCAGAUUCUGGCCGCCAAUCCUGAUCUAUAUCCAUCUCUCGCGGCACAGACGCGACCCAUUUCUCUUCUUCUGGGGUUGUUGGUCCAUGAAAAUACUGACAUCAGCUUGGCUGUGAUUGAUCUUCUUCAUGAACUGUUGGAGGUGAACGGGUUAAAUGAAGCCGGGCCGGACAAGGUGAAUCCGCUGCUCGAUUUAUUGUUCAACGGUCAGCUCAUCCAACUUUUGAUGCAAAACAUCUCUCGACUGGAUGAAUCGAUCAAAGAUGAGGCUGAUGGCGUACAUAAAACUCUUGGUAUUGUGGAGAGCCUGCUCGAUGCCAGACCUGAAAUGAAUGUUACCAUGUCCAACCAAGGUCUAUUCUCCUGGCUUCUUCGUCGUGUGCAACGUCGCCCGGCCUUCGAUCGCAAUAAGUUAUACGUGAGCGAAUUGCUCUCCAUUCUGUUACAGCUGGAUGAAGCCAAUCGCCGCCACUUAGGAGAAGUCGACGGUAUAGACAUAUUGCUUCAGCAACUGGCACUCUAUAAACGUCAUGAUCCAUCUAGCCGCGAAGAGAUUGAGCUGAUGCACAAUUUAUUUGACUGUUUAUGUAGUGCUCUAAUGCUUCCCGAGAACAAAGAUCGAUUUCUCAAAGGUGAAGGAAUACAAUUGAUGAACCUGAUGCUUCGGGAAAAACACAUGUCACGUGAUAGUGCCUUGAGAGUGCUGGAUUAUGCUUUAUGCCAAGUCACUCCGACCGACACAUCUGCAAGACAAACGAUAGUUAAUGCUGACCCGGAUGCCCCAUCGAAGCCAGGCGGUGGUAUCAACCCGGAGUCGGUAGUUGUCGCUAAUUGCUCCAAGUUCGUAGAAGUUCUUGGUCUGCGUACUAUUUUUCCUCUGUUCAUGCAUAGUCCUCGUGAACGGGUUUCUCUUCCCAAGAAAUCAGCGAGCAAUAAGACAGACAAACAGAAAUCAUUGGGUGGACCCACGGCUGCAGAGAUGGAGGAGCACGUUAUAAACAUCAUUGGGGCCCUUCUUCGUUAUUGCCCGCCAAAUCUGAAGUCACGUGUUUUGUCCAAGUUUGUUGAAAACGAUCAUGAAAAACUGGAUCGCUUAGUCGAAUUGCAUUUGAAAUACUUCGAUCGUGUAAAGGUGACUGACAAUCGAAUCCGAGCAAUGAAAGAAGAUACUCGACGAUGGGUUGGUUACACGCCCGAAGAAGUCGAGGAUGUCCUGGUUAUGGAACGAUUAGGUGGCGGCUUGUUGGCACUGCAGAUGUUGGAUAUCAUCAUCCUUGACGUUUGCGUUAAUGGAGCUCAUACAGUCAUGGAACGGAUGCUCCAGUUACUGAAAAUGCGAUCAAUUUCCCCCAGCGUCAUACUGCGUGUAGCCCAAGACCACGUCGAUAACUUAGGUGAUUCAACUGAUUCGGCCACAGCAGAUAAAGCGCGUUUGGGUGAACUUAUGCGUACUUUUAGCACCCGAUUGCCGUAAACAGUCAAUGAAGACCGCCUUACCUAACUCGUUGUACAAAGCCUUUACUUUGAAAUAUAUGGUCUUUCCUCUUUG